AGCCACUUUGGCUCAAGCCACUUUGGCACAAGACUGGCUUGAGGCAGCGUCUUUGUAGCCUCCCUUCGCCCGCAUCACCGAGCUCCAGGCGCGGAGCCGCAAUGCCGGGCCUGCCGCUGAGCCCCUUCGCCGACGUGGAGACGGCGGCGCACGGCGCCUGCACGCUCAGCUCGCUGUGGCCUCCCACGCCCACCCCGACCGCUGGGCCGCCGAGCCUCGAGGCUCACGCCCAGCCGAGCGACGCGGUGCGCUGGCCGCUGCUCCCGAGCCAGGCUCCGCACGGCAAGGCGGUGGAGCAGGGAUCUGGGCUCCCGCCGCUCGACGUCAGGGGCCGCAGUCAGCUCCAGCAGCCCGUGAAGGUCAAGAACACCUUCAUCGACGGCUUCCUCGACGACGAGGAGCAGGGCGACGGCCCGGCCAUGACCGCCUGCAAGACCUGGUGCGUCGGCACGGCCGCGACGGCUUGCCCGCUGCAGGGCUCCGCUUCCUGGUCCUGCGCCAGCACGACCGACGAGGAGAGCGCGGCGGCCACGGCGCCGACGUCGCCGGAGGGCGCCGUGCGGCUGCCGGAGGAGCCGCCGCACCCGGCGCAGCUGCCGCAGGCCUCCGCGGGGUCCGAGCUACACGGCACCGGGCGCUGCAGGCCCUGCGGGUGGUUCUGGAAGCCGGGGGGGUGCGUCCACGGCGCGGCGUGCUGCCACUGCCACACGUGCCCGGAGGGCGAGCUGAGGGCGCGCAAGAAGGCGAAGCUUGCGGCCCUCCGCGCCAGGAGCCACGAGGGGAGCGCCAACGACUCGCAAUGAGUCGCCUCUCGGCUGAUCCACAGGCGUGCGAAUUCGGUGUCACAGCGUACACCGGUGUCCCAGUAUGGACAAGGCGCGACUGACCUGCUCGUCGGGCGCUCUGCACUCUUGGCACUUGACCACCACGCGUCAGGGGCCGCUUCGUUCUCGCCCCUCGCAACGUCCGCCCGGGGUUGAAGGACGCGUUUUUUGCCACGUGUUGGUAGCCACGGCAUGUGUUCACAGUCGUGCGAGUUUGCUGCCUGCAGCGGCGCAAGUCCGCACGAGCAGCAUGAUGUAAUCAGACGAGCAGGACAGCUAGCUCUCGUGCAUCUGUUCCGUUCGAGUUUUUCCCGCACUUGGGUUCUCUGAUUGUUUUCGUUCUGAAGUAGUUUCUCGAAGUGGUGAACUUCUUCGGCGACUCCGAGUUGGCUACUUUUCAGAGUCAUGCUUAAACUGUGAACUAAAUCUUGCCCCCCCUCUCCUCCUCGUGAUAUAUUACUGUGGCAGAUGUCCCAGAUAUUCACGGAUUCGCACAGCGCUCAUGUUGAGCGUGUUCGCGCAGUGACUCAUAUGUCUCUGCCUGGAUGCCGCCACCAUGGAAGACAUGGUAUGCAGAGUACUUCAUGUGAUCAGGUUGUUCGUCCCGUGCAUCAGGUGCUUGUGAGUGCGUGAGCGGCCGUUUGUACAUCUGCUCGCGGAGCUUAAUUGGCAAUCAAGACCUGUUCGGUUCUGCGAAGUGUUCAGAAGAAGCAACCCAAGAUGGGCUC